UCCAUCAAAAGAGGAGGAAGAAGAACGAUAUACAAGUAAAGUAGAUCUCGGAUCUUUCAAACCCUCAUCAUCUCUUCAGGUACGCAAAGACAAAAAGAAAAAUUGAUCUAUCGAUCUCUCCCCCCUCGAAAAAAACAUAUAUAUAGAUAUAUGUAUAAGAAAAUGCAAUGUUAAAAGAGUUGGGGUUCGGUGAUUCCUAGGAAUCCAUGCAGAGAAGACAAAAGGGUGUGUCUAUGUCGUUGUUCCAGUCUUAUUAUAGAUCUGGAUAUUCGAACAAAAACAAAAGUAAUAUAAUAAUCUAGACGUUUUUGCUGUUGACAUGAGCAAUCAGAAACGGGUCGAGUUAGACGACGAUCAAAUCGCCGAGCUGCGAGAAAUCUUCCGUUCUUUUGAUCGGAACAAUGACGGGAGCCUCACGCAGCUGGAGCUAGGAUCGCUCUUACGAUCACUUGGCCUGAAACCAAGCCCGGAGCAGCUCGAGACGUUGACCCAAAAGGCCGAUAAGAACAGCAACGGUUUGGUCGAGUUUUCGGAGUUCGUGGCGCUUGUGGCGCCAGAGCUUCUUCCGGCGAAGUCUCCUUAUACGGAGGAGCAGCUAAGGCAGCUGUUUGGAAUAUUUGAUAGAGAUGGAAAUGGGUUUAUCACGGCGGCUGAGUUGGCGCACUCUAUGGCGAAGUUGGGGCACGCGCUUACGGCGGAGGAGCUUACGGGGAUGAUAAAGGAGGCGGAUACGGACGGAGAUGGAAGAAUUAAUUUUCACGAGUUCUCUCAGGCGAUAAACUCCGCUGCAUUUGAUAAUUCAUGGGCUUGAUUUAAUGAAACAAUGGGAUUUGUUUUUGGUUAGACAAAUUUCCACGCCAGCAGAUUGAUGAACAAUUCCAACAUGCCACAAAGCUACAAUUUUUUGAUUAUGCCGGGGCUGAUUAAUUUCUUUCAUGAACCAUAUUCUGCCUGACAAUCUUCAAUCUCCCCCAUUUCUUGGAAAAAGAAAAAUCUUAGAUAUGUGAGCCUUUUGUUUUGAUUGGUUGAUUAGUCUUGUGCCCUUUGGUUUUUAAAAUAUUGCCCAUUUUCCAAUAUUGGUGUUGGGAAUUUCUUCCUUUUGUUGAAUCAAACAUACUGGACAAGUACUGAUAAGUAGGACUGAGGUGAUCAAAUGGCUUUGCUGUGUAUAUAAAAAGCACAAUGGUUGGAACAUUUAU